AUGACUCGAGGACGGCGUCGGUUCGUUGUCGACAAAUACCACGUCUUCGCAGCCUACCAGCUCAUAAACGCGUUUGCUGCGCUGUUCAAUUGCUACGGCAAAGCACUUCCUUGGACUGCAACUGCCACUCUAUACGUGUCGCUGCUGUCCUUCUUCAUCAUAUUGGUAACAGUCCCUUCUGUGACCCCAGAACACAAACCAGCGUCUUUCGUCUUCGCGACGUUCAUCAACAACACAGGAUGGGAUCAAGCCGGAAUCGCCUUCAUCGUCGGCCUGAUCAACACCAACUGGCCAUUCUGCUGUCUCGACUGCGCGACGCACUUGGCGGAAGAGGUCCCCAAACCCGAACGAAAUAUUCCAAUUGCCAUCUGCGGCACUGUGGCCAUCGGUUUCACCACCGCCUGGUUCUUUGCAAUUGCUAUGUUUUUCUCCCUCUACGGCGACUUCGAGCAGCUCGUCUCCACGCCGACUGGCGUCCCGAUCCUUGCUCUAUUUCACAGCGCUCUGACUGGCCGCAGCGCACAGGUCGCUGGCGCGAUUAUUCUCGAGUCACUCAUCCUGACCACCGGCCUGGGAUGUCAAAUUGCAAGCCACACCUGGCAAUCCCGUCUCAUGUGGUCUUUCGCUCGCGAUGGCGGCGUCCCUUUCAGCAAGUACUUCGCCCAAUCCAGCGAGAAGCUCGACGUCCCGAUCCGCGCUCAUCUGACUUCCUGCGUCCUCGUGGCAGCCGUGGGCUCUCUGUACCUCGGCAGCUACACCGCCUUCAACUCAAUGGUCACAGCAACGAUCGUACUGCUCUACAUUUCUUACGCAGUCCCCAUAUUCGCGCUCCUUUUCGUCCGAGGCCGCGACAACAUCCGACACGGCCCCUUCUGGCUCGGCAAAAUCGGGAUGGUCGCCAAUGUCGUUGUGCUGUGCUGGACGCUCUUUACUCUGAUCAUGUACAGCUUUCCAUACACCAAACCGGUUGCAGCGGACAACAUGAACUACGUCAGCGCGGUGUACUUUGCUGUUUUUGUCAUUGCCGCGGUGGAUUGGUUUGCCAGAGGCCGAAAGCAGUACGGGCAUCCUAAGGAGAGGCGGCACACGCUUGUGGCGGAGGUAGUGGAGAGGAGGGCUAGCGCUCCGGUUGAUGAAGUGGUGCGGUAA